CACCCCUGAAUCUAUCGUUAUGAUAUUUUCGUCUUUAUGGUUCUUGAAUUACUUUUUCGGUUCUUUCAAAAUUUUUUUAGGUCAGUGAAGUACACUAUAAUGGGGGAUUCCGCAAUUAUAAAAUCGGAUUCAUUUCGCCAUGUUAUGGUACCACCAAUACCCAAACUUGCCGACAUGCAUAUGUACUGGGUGUGGAGAAUGUUGAUAAAAUCAUAUCUGGCUGCUAUAGGUCUUUGGUCUGGAAAUCAUCCAAAGGAGAGCGCCCACACAAAGUUUGUGCUGCUGAGCACGUUGGAAAUAUGGGUUGUAAGAAGGGAGUACGAUGACAUGACCAGCAAGUCCAUUUUCGAAGAUCUCGAGCAACGAUAUGCUAACAAUAAUAAUCGGCAACAGUCAGAGAAUAGCUUCAUUUAAAAUCAAUAGAAUGUGUUUCUAUUGUUUUCGCUGUACAAUUUUAAGGUGCUUCCUGGAGGAAAUAUUUAAAACACAUCCGUCUGCUCCCCAAAAAUACUAAUGUUGUGUAAUAUAUGCAUAUGUUUGGUGCAAAUUGUUGAUCUUCCACAAAAUUUAUUCAUGGAUAAAGGAUGCCGGAAAUAUUGAAUUUUAAAUAUACCAGCUCAGCUCAUUUUGAGCUCACCAGUGCUGCCAAUCGAUUACCACGCGUUAGUGCCUUUGCGUAUCUAACGCGUUAGUGCCUUUCAACUUUUGACACAUCGCUCAAUAAAAACAAAUCAACUUCAACUGUCCGAAAAGCAGCAAGAAUAUUUAAAAUACAGCGCUGAGCAACUAAAAUUUA